UUAUCACAAACACGCAACCCUCAUUGCAAUUGAGUUGUUGUGUUUCUGUUGUUUCUCUCCUCUUUGUUGAAUUUGUGCUCAACGCUCGUCACUCAGACGGAGGCAAGGCACCGCUCAUCAUCACUUCUCCCUCCUUUCACUUCCCCCUUGACAUCGCUUCAUACAACGCCGAUUAGGCUCCUGACAUUGCAAAGAGCAACGACGCAUUCAGGCUCAACAUAUCUCAAGCACAUCUCCUGGCAUCAAUCAAAAGGAUAUCCAGCCGAAUACACAGCCGAAUACACAGCCGAAUACAAGCACAACAACAUCGCGCAUACAAGCAGUCUCUUCCUCACCACCCACAAUGACCGACCGUCAUGGAAGUCAAGGAAAUCCCACGCAGCAACAGCAGCAAACAUUACAACAACCACAAUCGACUGAUGAAAGAAAUCAUGUGAUCAUCAAAGUUGGAAUGGUUGGCGAUGCAGGAACGGGAAAGACUAGUUUGAUGGUUCGAUAUGUUGAAGGAAAUUUCAACGAAGAUUAUAUUCAAACUUUGGGUGUCAAUUUCAUGGAAAAGACAAUCAGUAUACGGAAUACAGAGAUCACCUUUAGCAUCUGGGAUCUAGGUGGUCAAAGAGAGUUCGUCAACAUGUUACCAUUAGUGUGCAAUGAUGCGGUUGCACUGUUGUUCAUGUUUGAUUUGACGAGAAAGUCGACACUGAACAGCAUCAAAGAAUGGUACAGACAAGCACGUGGAUUUAACAAGACAGCGAUUCCAUUCUUGGUUGGAACAAAGUAUGAUUCAUUCAGUGCAUUCGCAAAAGAAGAACAAGAAGAGAUUACCAAGCAAGCAAGACGAUUUGCACGUGCAAUGAAAGCACCUUUAAUCUUUUGUUCAACAAGUCAUGCAAUUAACAUCCAAAAGAUCUUUAAGAUCAUCCUCUCCAAAGCCUUUGAUUUGAAGUGUACCAUACCGGAGAUCAAGAGCGUGGGUGAGCCAUUAUUGCUUUAUGUGGAUACUUAA